AUGCGUUUCUAUUUCCUGCUCGCCGGGACCCUCUUUGGUGCCCACGCCGCACCGAGCGGGCAGGGUAUUGCUGUCGACGACACACCCAAAAUCCCACAGGCGGACCUCGAGAAGCUGAGCAUUGAACGUGGAUUGAAAAAAAACCUCAAUUGCACGUAUUCGCCUCAGUACCGCGUGUCUGAAUGCGCUUUGAUGGAAGGCGAGAACACUUUCGAUCGCUUGGGGCUGCGCGUCCAUAUGUUUAAUGGCAACAAGUCUGGAUCAAUCGAAACGAUCUAUGGCACCUUUGGCAAGGUGUUUAAGCAUAAGAACCGCGACCCCCGCAUCCAUGUCCUGUUCGAGGCACCCAAGCCAGGAGCGACGGUCGAAAUGGAGAUUGAUGUCAUGAGGGAGUUCGGCGAGGCCCAAGUUCCCGUGAAGAGGCUUUCGGAAUUCUCGAUUAUGCAGAGGAUCCACGACGGAAUCCUUUCGGACACGCGCAGAUAUCAGAUUGAAGCUCUCGUCUUCGAGAUUCACCACGUGCAGUCGAACAUGACUCUGAGAAACGAAGCAGAAGCGCCCUGCAUGGAUGGUUUGAGUUGGUUUCCGCCGUCCAAUGUCUUGAAUCGAGGAUUCAAGACGCGCAGGUUGCAUACAGUCUGGAAGCAGACGUGGGGGCCGUCCGUGUGGACUGUCCGCGAGCGAAUGGAGGAAGGGAGCGUCCAACUAUCCGGGCCAUGCAUGCCGAAAGGUUUCAAUGCGGAGGAUUGCGAAUCCGAUCCGGUCUAUCAUGGAUACCCGCCGGUCUUGAUGGACAGGGAGGAGCCAAACGCGGACAAUGUAAUGAAUACCGACAAGGCAACUGAGUGA